AUGACUGAUUUAUCUAAUAUAUCUACUCUGACACUUCAAGGCUUCAAUUUGCCUCCUGAGAGUAUCGUCCCUGCAUUCGUCUUUGCAACACUGGGAUACCUGACCAUUCUUUCCUGCAACCUCAUCCUACUAAGCACCAUCAUUCUCAAUAAGAGUCUUCACCAGCCCAUGUAUAUUCUGCUGUUAAACUUGCCCAUAAAUGAUCUGAUAGGCUCUACAGCCCUGUUCCCACAAAUUAUUAAGGAACUCUUAUGGGAUACCAGGACAAUACAGUUUUCAACCUGUGUCAUUCAAGCUUUCUUUAUACAUAUUUAUGCAACAGGUGCAGUGUUCAUUUUGACUGCUAUGGCAUAUGACAGAUAUGUGGCCAUAUGCUGCCCUAUGAGAUACAACACAAUUAUGAGCAAUAUACACAUAGUGAGGCUAAUCUCCUUGGUCUGGCUCUCCAAUAUAUUUAUAAUAGCUGUGCUUUUUAUCCUUCUAUUGCGCUUACCGCGAUGCAGAUCUUUUGUGACUCACACAUACUGUGACAAUCCCUCUUUGCUCCAGCUGGUCUGUGUAAACACAACUAUAAAUAACAUAUAUGGAUUGAUGACUGUAGCUGUAUGUCAGGUGAUAACAGUAGGUCUAAUUGCAUUUACAUACAUUCAAAUCCUUAUAGCCUGUUUUAGAAACAAAGGAUCUGAUACACGUAGAAAAGCACUGCAGACAUGUGCCACACACUUAAUAGUCUUUCUCCUAUUUGAAUGUUUGGGCCUUUUCACAGUAAUUUCCUACAGGUUAACAGAUCUGUCCCCGCAUUUAAGAAAAUUCAGCGGAGUGGCCGCGAUGAUUUUGCCUCCAACAUUAAAUCCUAUUAUAUAUGGCCUAAGAACAAAGGAAAUCAGGGUCAGAGCUUUAAAAUUUCUCCACAAAAGGGUUUAUACCUCAUAA